CCUGAAAUUGAAAGAAAGAAAAAUCUAAAUUAUUUUUCUUUGUUUUUAAAGAGGUUUACACUCAAAAACAAGGAACGUCAUUAACUCUUCAACAAAAAGACUAUUUCGUCUUUCCGGGAGAUGACGUCACUGUAGCUGUCAACUUGACCCUUGUCCCCAAUGAAGAAUACGCUAUUACUUGGACGCGGACCGAUGGAAAUUUUACCAGAGAAAUCAGGAUUUUUGAGAAUCCUAACAAAUAUUCUGGCGGGAAAAAGAGUGAGCCAUCCUUAACCAUUCUAAAAGUGAAUAAAUCAGACGCUGGACUUUAUUCCAUUGAGGUUUUUGGACAGAAUACCAGUCUUAGUGAAGGACCAGCGAGAGUAAAUGUUUUAUCUCAGGAAGCAAAAAGGCUGUAUGAGGAAUAUGCACAAGCCUGUCCAUCAGGAUGGGAAACAGUUUAUGGGAUCGAUUUUUUCAGUCCACGGGACGUUCUCCAGGGUUGUGUUCGGAACAUGACAACACAAAAGAACUCUUUUUACGAAGCUCAGGGAAUCUGCCGACAGUACCGCUCGUAUUUAAUACCCCUCUCUCCGACAUUGUUUACAGAUUCAAAUAUUGAAAGUCCAACAUUUGCAUAUUUUAGAGACGAUUUCUGGACAGGGGGAUACGACUCCUAUGGAUUACUGGUAAUGGACGGGGCACCCCCUAGCCCUGUCAGUGCAGAAAGCGGCCAAAGAGGAAUAGUUGUUUCUCAAAACUGGACAGACACCAGCCCUCUUUGUAUAGGAACCAGGGAUAGACUGCGUGAACUACAAGUACGAAGUUGUUAUGAAAGGCUUCCAUUCUUUUGCUACAAAGAGGCUGAUGUCUUGAGUUUUCGACUUGGACUCAAUAUUUGUCCCUCUGGAUGGGUCGGUUCUGCAGAUGUGAAGUCGUGCUAUCUGAUGAUGAGCGCAGAUUCAGCUGUGUCACAACCAGACGCAUUUCAAUACUGUAAUCAAAAUGGCGGCCAACUUCUUCAAUUAAAUUUCCUUACAGAUGAACAAUUGGCUAUGAGAAUUUUAGGACAUUAUAGAUUAAUCAAUACAUCAG